AUGGACGCCGGAGCAGGUACGUGCUCCCGCCGCUGCUCCCUCUACAUUAUUCACGGCGUGUGGCCAUGCUCUCACGUUCCCCUUCAUCCAUCUCCAAUUCUGCAUUUCCGUGUGAUCUUCCUUGUUUCUCCGUUCGUUCCCCCUCCACUGCCGUCCAUCCGUCGUGUUCUUUUCUCGCCGCUCGUUCCUCCCUGUCCCCACCCCCCUCCCUUGAUCGCGCGCGCAGGCGCAAGGAAACGGUGUAAUGGCUCGCUGAACAAGUUUCAGGGACAGCACCCGCUGAGAGAACGAGCGAAGAAGCUGGGCGAUGGCAUUCUCGUCAUCAGGUUUGAGAUGCCGUUCCACGUGUGGUGUGGCGGGUGCAAGAGCAUGAUCGCCAAGGGCGUGCGGUUCAACGCGGAGAAGAGCACAUCGCCAACUACCUCAUCCACCAAGGUGAGUGGAGCGGAGCGCAAGGUGGUGGAGUACGAUGCAGAGGAUGCCGGCACUGUGGAGCUGCCCUCCAAAGAGGCAUUCCCAUACUACCCGCAUCCCUCCCUUCCUUUCCAUCUUUCUCCCUCUCUCUCCCUCCCUCUACCUCUCUCCCUUCCUCCCCCUCUCUCUCCCCUCUCUCCCUCUCUCUCCCUCUCUCUCCCCUCUCUCCCUCCCCCAUCCUUCCCUCUUGUUCUCUCUCCCUCGCUCUUCUUCUUCCUCUCUCUCCCUCUCUCUCCCCUCUUCAUAUCUCUCCCUUUAUCUCCGCCUCUCCCCCUCUCUCCCCCUAUCGCCCUCUCUCCCUUUAUCUCCCUCUCUCUCUCCCCGUCUCUCUCCAUCCCACCCCUUCGUUGCCUGGACUGUCCAGAGCGAGAGCAGCUGUUGGAUCCGCUGGUGCGAUUGGAGCAUGGGGGGCGCGACCGCAAGAGGGCGGCAGCAGCUGCGCCCACUCUAGCGGCCGUGAAGGCUGCUGCGGACACCAAGCAUGCCGACCCCUUCCGCCUCAACCGUGUGCUGCGCUCCCACCUCCGGGAGCGCAAGAAGCGGGUGGCAGAGGAGGAGGCAGAGGCACGCAGCAGGGGGCUGGCGAUCCGGCUGCUGCCGCCCUCACAGGCGGACAGUGCAGCAGCUGCAGCAGCGCCCUUUGCCCACCGCUUUGACCACAACCGCGCGGAGAAGCGCGCCGCCAUUCGCAGCGCCUCCAUCUUCACCCCCUCUGCUGCUCCCCCUGCCACUCCUGCUUCCGCUGCUGCUGCUGGCAGCUCGUCACACAAACGGCAUAAACCAGAGGGCAAGCAACAACUUACCCUGACACACAAGAGCAGCAGCAGCAGCAAGAUCAGCAGUAGAAGCAGCGGCGGGGAGAAGAAGGCAGAUGUGGCAAAGAGGGCGGAGCUUUUGGCGAAGAGGCGGCGGAUAGAUGUGCAGGGAGUGCUGGCACUGACACGCGGGCAGCUGUGA